AAAAAGCACUGCGACUCCCUCCCUCUCUCUCCCUCUCUCUCUCUCUCUCUACUCGGAAUGGCGUCGAGAUCUUGCCGGAAAAGAUGACGAAAUCGGGCGGACGUCAGAUUCCAGCAAUCCUCUCCUCUAAAAGCCUUACGCGAUCCCCCGACUCCGAUCUCCCUGAUCGGAGAAAUGACCGGAAACCCCAACGUCGGAGAACCAGAAACCCUCCCGGAAUCCGGCUGAAAAAGGACAGUGGAUUUUCGGCUGGGAAACGCACCAGUCCGGCGACUCCUUUCCUGCGGUGGAAGUUCGAUGAUGGAGAUGUUUCCGUUGCUGGUGGUAAGACAGCGUCGGAGUCCGGGAAGAAAUCUCGCCGGAAAGAGAAGAAUGCUGGAGAGGUUUUCGUCUCUGCGAGGAAGCUCGCUGCAGCUCUCUGGCAUUUGCAGCUUCCGGAAGGUUCCACUGGAGGCGACAGUGGUCGAGUGGUGUCGAAGAGGGCAGACGAUCGGUUAGGGUUGGAGCCUGUUCUCGGGCACUUAGGGGUUUCAGAUAUCUGCAACCCGAAUAUCGCAGAAUAUGAUCAAGCAGUGAAGGAACCGUCACCGGGUCCUCUUUCUGUCCCUCAUCCAAAGAAUGGUAUUUUAUAUAAGCUUGAGCCUUCUGCAAAGUUCCAUAAUUCUGCAAUGGAGAGAGCGACAAAAUGGGACCCUGGAUGUUCAAAAACAUCAGACGACGUCUACCGGUUUUAUGGACAUUUGAAGUUUCUUGAAGAUCAACAGAUCACCACUGUUUCGGUCAUAUCCACUCUCCAGACUGAACUUGAGCAGUCCCGAACCCGCAUUCACGAGCUUGAGACCGAGCGGCGAUCCUCCAAAAAGAAGCUUGAUCACUUCUUGAGGAAGCUAGCAGAGGAAAGAGCUACAUGGCGGAGCAGAGAACAUGAGAAAAUACGUGCGAUAAUUGAUGAUGUCAAAGAUGACUUGAACAGAGAGAGGAAAAAUCGUCAACGCAUGGAAAUUGUCAACUCCAAACUGGUCACUGAGCUCAAUGAGGCCAAGUUAUCUGCGAAGCGCUUUUUGCAAGACUAUGAGAAAGAGCGGAAGGCCAGAGAGCUCAUGGAGGAGGUCUGUGAUGAGCUGGCGAAGGAAAUUGGAGAUGAUAAAGCUGAAGUUGAAGCACUGAAGCGGGAAUCCAUGAAAAUCCGUGAGGAAGUGGAAGAAGAGAGGAAGAUGCUGCAGAUGGCUGAGGUAUGGCGUGAAGAAAGGGUUCAGAUGAAGUUGAUUGAUGCAAAACUGAUGCUUGAAGAAAAGCAUUCCCAGUUGAGUAAACUAAUAAUGGAUCUAGAGGCUUUUCUAAAAUCGAGAAGUACUACUGCCGACUCGGUGGAAUUGAGGGAAGCAGAGUUGCUACGGGAUGCGGCUAGCUUGGUUAAGGUUCAAGACAUCAAGGAGUUCUCCUAUCAGCCUCCGACUUCAGAGGACAUCUUCUCAGUUUUCGAAGAACUCCAGUCCGGUGAGGCUAAUGAAAGAGACAUUGAGCCGUGCUAUGGCUACAGUCCUGCUAGUCAUGCCUCGAAAAUUCACACUGUGAGUCCUGAGAUUGAUGGGCCUAUUGAGAACCCCAUGCAGAGAUAUACGAACAUGCAUGCAGAUGGAAAUGGAGAUGUGGAAGAAGAUGGUAGUGGCUGGGAAACCGUAACCCAUGAUGAGGAACAGGGCUCUAGUAAUUCACCCGAAGGGAGCGACCCAUCUGUUAAUGGGCUCCGUGAAGAGAGUAAUAUGUCGGAGAGUGGAACGGAGUGGGAGGAAAAUGCAGAUAAUGACAUGCUAAAUACUGAAAUCAGCGAAGUUUAUGCUGCAUCAGUGACUCAAUCAAGGAAGAAGGCAUCAUCCAUAUCUAGGCUUUGGAGAUCAUACCCAAACAAUGGCGAUAAUUGCAAGACAGUCUCAGCUAAUAUGACGAAUGGAAGGCUUUCAAACGGAAGGAUUUCCAAUGGGACGGCGACUCCAGACGGGGGGUCCGCUGGGGGGCUCAGCCCCCCAAGUUUGGGGCAGUGGAGCUCGCCUGAUUCAGGGAAUCCUCACAUAACCCGAGGUAUGAAAGGGUGCAUCGAGUGGCCACGUGGAAUCCAGAAGAACAGUUUGAAGGCAAAGCUUUUGGAAGCAAGGUUGGAAAGCCAGAAGAUUCAGUUGCGCCAAGUUCUUAAACAGAAGAUUUAGAAGCAUGGAAUUUUUGGGUCUCUCUCAUGCUCUCGUCUGAUACAUCAAUCAAUGGAAUCCUUUGAAAAUAACGCAUGUCUGAUUCGAGUUCCUUCAUCUCAAUAUGACCCGUCUUGGUUAAGCAGCGGUUUGUAAAAGUAUGCCUUAUCUGUCAUUGGGGGGACAGGGUGGCUAGAUGGAUGCUGAGAAAUCUGUAAACAACAUUCGGUUGGACUGGUGGGCUGGCCCGCUUAUCUACUUUUUUGUACUACUAUGAUGGAUUAUUUCACCCCUUAGGUAAGAAUCCUUUCGCACAGCAUUUCCCUGCAA